AACAUUGUUGCAAUACAUUUUAAGAUUUAUUUAUUACCUUUACAUAAAUGAUUUAAAAUAUAAUAAAUGUUUUUUUAAUUCUAGGACAUAUUUGUGUGCUUAUUGAGAUCCUUUCAUGCUGCCCAUAAUUUGAUUUUAAAAGAAAAAGCUAUGCAUACCACACUCUGUGCUGCCGUAGUCUGUCCAAUAAAAAACAGUGAAAAAUUUGCCGUCUGUACUUGCAACGUAGGAGACAGCUUUGCUUACGUUUACAGUAAACGAUAUGGUGUUCGAGAAAUCACUCAAGGCUCUCACGACAUUUAUUCCAACCGUGAUAUGAGGGAUGCUCUCGGUGCUCUAGGUCCUGUAGACGGGCAAAAUCCAGAACUCAAUAAUCUAACACUUUCCAUGACUCUUGCAGAUCCAGGAGAUGUAGUAUUUUUAACCAGUGAUGGCAUUUCUGAUAAUUUUGAUCCUGUAGUAGGAAAGUUUGCCCUUAUCAAAAAUUCCAAAAUUUUAAUCAGAUCUGCAAGUCAGAGAAAAGAGGAACCAUUAAAGACAAAACCUUUGAGAAGAGUAAACAGCCAACUAACUAAAAGUCCCACGAUCAGCGAGAAACCAUAUCUUCCAAAGGUCGAAGCUCACCAACGAUAUGAGUUGACCCUUCUCAGAAUGGAAGACCUGCUUAAGCAAAAAGAUGACAAAGAAGUGAGUGCUAAAUAUAUCUGCGAAGAAUUGAUUGAAUUUGUUAAAAAACUUACUAGAGCCAAGAGAAAAAUUCUAGAAGAUCCAGAGUUAUAUUUAAAUAGUGCUCUGCCUGAUACCCAAGAAGAGCAAAGAUUGAGAAGGAAACAAGCCGGUUCGAAAUUAAUGUGCGUUCCCGGUAAACUGGAUCACGCAUCCAUUGUUGCAUACAAAGUAGAUAACUACGAAUUGGAUUCAUCAGACAAUGACAAAAUAAGCCUGCCAGAUCUCUCCAGAAAGAACGAAGAUUUAGAAAAUGUCUUUUCAGAAGAAAAGAAUCUUAAAAAGUCAGAUAGCAUAAAUUUUCAGCAUUUCGAAUCAAGUAUUUAGAUUUUUAAAUCCAUCCAAACAGUAAAAAGUUUAUAGUUUUAGCAAGUUAAUAGAAUUUUCUAUCAAAAUUAUCUUCUAAUCUUUAAACAAAAUUGUAUGUGUUUUUUUUUCUUUUUUCAAAAUUAUAAAAACAUUCUCUAAAUCGACAGUUAUUACUACAUAACUUUCAGUUAGGAAGACAUCAUACUUCCAAGAAUUGCAGUAAUUUAAUGCAAUUGAUUUCUAUACUGCCUUAUUUAUAGUGCUUUUAACAUAAUUCAAAAGCAUGAAUGACGAACAAGUAUCCAUCUUGCAGAUGCGACAGUAGACGGUGUAUAUACCUUGUAUAUGCCAUAGUAUUUUUGCUCGAAAGACAAGUUAUAUUGUUAGAAAGUUUAAUAAGGUUAGAGAUUGAACAAGAGAAAGUCUAAAGUAAACGUUGAAUUAUGGUGCAUUUUAUUCAAAAUAUAUGCAUUUAUAUAAAUAUAUAUAUAAUAUACAAAAUGUUUUAUAUAUUUUUAAAAACCUUGUGCUCAUUUAUGUUGCUCAGAAAGCUUUUGUCUUUUCCUUAAUUUUGCGUGCAAUUUUUUUUUUCCUAUAAAUAUUGCGCAGGAAAUAUUUAAGAGAAAUCACAUUAUUCUUUGUUUUUUAAGUGCAUUAAAUGAGUGUUUAAUCAAAUUUUAUGCAACACAUUCCUAUUUUAUGGUGCAAAGAUAAGUAAGUUUAAUUUUGAUUUUGUAAACAGUUCGGUUUUUCUUCCGAAGCUCAAUUUUUAAAUUCAUCUCUAACAAAUUUCUGUAAUGAACAUACGAUGACCCAAUUAGAUUUUAGAAAUUUUAGAUAAAUAUGGCAUACGAAGCAUUCCAUCCCGUGUCAUACCAAAGAUGGUACAAACCUAGUCAUUUUUUGUAGAUCAGGCAAUUUAUAUUUAUGUCAAAUUUCGUAAAAAUGAUAACCGAUAAUCCUGUUUGAUUAUUUGAACAUUCUGAGACUUAAAAGUCACAUAGAGGAGAGUGUAAUUUGUCUUUAUACUGUACCAUCUAAAUCUUCAUUUCUUGUACCGUUUUAAAUAAAAACACUUCAUAAAGUA